AUGGCCUUCCACAAUCGACAACUCUUAACAAGGUUGAAAACAAAUGCAUUGGAAGCAUUGUGGCUCACAAUUACCAACAAAGUAUGUUUUUCCACAGACAUUUCUACCUUUGACUUCCGAGAUUGUCACGUUUCCGAUACUCUUCUCAUCUCGUAUCUCAUAAAACCGAUAAUAGUCCGAACAAUGUUUAUUCAAACAGAAACCACUCCAAAUCAAGACUCGUUGAAAUUUAUUCCAGGAGUACAGGUAAUGCAAUCGGGCGGUACUGCUGAAUUUUUGUCCAUUCGCGAAGCCAUGACUUCUCCCCUUGCCAAGAAACUUUUCACAAUUGAAGGUGUGACGGGAGUCUUCUUUGGGCCCGAUUUUAUAACAGUGUCCAAAGACACCGACACACCUUGGCCGAUUAUGAAACCAGACAUAUAUGCCAAUAUUAUGGACUUUUUCGCAUCAGGACAGCCCAUACUUACCGAAGAACAACCACCGUCUGAUACAGCCAUUCUACCUGAUGAUCCGGAAGUUGUUCAGAUGAUUAAAGAGCUGCUAGACACUCAUGUACGUCCUGCUAUUCAAGAGGAUGGAGGAGAUAUCGAAUACAGAGGAUUCGAGAAUGGAAUUGUUAAAUUGAAGUUAAGAGGCAGUUGCAGGACUUGCGAUUCAUCGGUAGUCACGCUGAGGAAUGGAAUUGAGAGCAUGUUGAUGCAUUAUAUUCCGGAUGUCACUGGCAUUGAACAAGUGUUAGAUGCAGAAGAGGAAAUCUCGCAGAAAGAGUUUGAGAAGUUGGAGAAGAAAUUAUCAGUUUAG